ACAUGCUUCAAUAAAUGCUCUGUCUGGAUGUUCUUUUGUUCACGUGCGUGUUCGACAUCUAGAAGAACACGAAAAUUCAAUCUAGAAACAGGCCCUUUUACGUAGGCGCAUCUAACGCACAGUAGUUGUAUAGUAUGCGCACGCAUGCGCGGUGGUUAUGCGCAUUGAACUUUGCCCUCCUGUGUUUUGCCGCUGGUUUCGAAACACGCUGUGCACAAGACGCUAAGCAUGGCAAAAAACUCGUCAAAGCUAAGCGAGUACGAAAUACUCGAGACAAUUGGAACUGGCUCCUUCGGGACCUGCAAAAAGGUGUCGAGAAAAUCCGAUAGAAAGGUGUUUGUAUGGAAGGAGGUUGGAUACGGAGGGAUGAGCGAGAAAGAGAAGCAGCUGCUCGUGCAAGAGGUGAACUUGCUACGAGAACUGAGGCAUCCGCACAUAGUCCGCUAUCACGACCGAAUCAUUGACAGAGAGAACUGCACUCUCUACAUCAUCAUGGAAUUCUGUGAGGGAGGUGAUCUGGGGUCAGUGAUAAAGAAACACAGGGAGGAGAAGAGCCUUGUUGGAGAGAGUAUGGUAGUGAAGGUUUUGCAUCAGCUCCUCCUGGCUCUGCGGGAGUGCCACAAGAAGAGAGAUGGAGUCCACAAGGUACUGCACAGGGACUUGAAGCCAGCCAAUGUGUUUCUGGACAGUCGAGGCAACGUGAAGCUGGGGGACUUUGGGCUGGCCAGAAUCCUCCACCACAACUUUAGUCUGGCUCAGACCUUUAUCGGAACUCCCUACUACAUGUCUCCCGAGGUGUUCUCAGAGAAGGCCUACGAUGAGAAAUCAGACCUGUGGAGCCUCGGAUGUCUCAUACACGAACUCUGCACCCUGUCGCCGCCCUUUACUGCCAGAGACCAGCAGGCACUAGCAGCUAAGGUUUUGCAAGGGAAAGUACGAAGAAUACCUCACUACUACUCGGCAAACUUACAGAGCAUAAUUGACAGCUUACUAGCAACUGAGCCAUCUCGUCGGCCAGACAUUGCCACACUGCUGGGGAGAGUUGAAGGUUUGGGACCUCCAGCUACCACUCCUGCCACCACCACCACCACCACAACCAGAUUGUCAAAAUCAGAUCUGAAGUUGUGGGAGAGUGAGUUGCAAGGGAGAGAGAAGCAGCUAGUGACGAGAGAGGGAGAGGUGGAGAGACGAGAGAGAGAGGUGAGGGUGAGAGAGACAGAGCUGCUGAGAAAAGAGAGAGCUCUCAGGAUCAGGGAGUCAGUUCUCCUCGGGAAGGAAAGAAGACACAGAGAUAUCAGAAUAGCAAACGAACGUGAUGAACGCCUACUGAGAGAAGUUCAUACUCAAAAAGAGAACAUCAAAUUUGACUUGCAGCCAGUCAAAAAGUAGUCCACCAUUGCAAUAAACUAUUCUACAACGUUCCACUUAGUCAUCAGAUGUUUAUUACUCCAUGGCCCAUGUUUUGUAUAACUGAAAAUGUUUCUGUGACUGCAUGUAUAGCGGUUCUUUGAGUUGCCCUAUUUUGUUCUUUGGUUAUGUAGUCUCUCAGUAAUAAGAUCAAUGCAUUCUCUCUGUCCAUAUACUGUGGCUACAUGAAGUGGAGUGUCACAACUGUCAUCUGGAAGAGUCAGAUCACACCCUCCUGAUAUCAGGCACUGAAGACACUGCACCUGCAUAUGCAAUUAGUAACCCUUUGGACACCAUGGGUAUCUCCUUAACCCUUUGGACGCCAUCGAAAUUGAUGUAUAAAGUAUUAGUGCCUAGUAUUAUAAACGCCCAUAUAAUUUCUACUUAUGGAGGCUCUG